AUGUCGGAGAACUCGCAUAACAUCGAGAGCAGCUCUCAGAGUGCCUCGCCGAGUGCCACGCCGAGCUCGAGGUCCACGACGGGCUCCCUAGCCGCAACUGUGGGUGUCCGUACUUCGACCGUCUCGCCUCCGUCGCUGCUGCAGCGGAGAGGAUUCCACUCGUUGUCGGAACACUCGUUGGUGCCUUCUACCGCCACCGCCGCUGCCGUCACUGGCCAUAACAUACGCUCUCAGACCAGCUCCCCACUGUCACAGAGGAGCCAUACGCCGUCAUCAUCACGAGUGAACGAACACAGAAGACAUGGAUCGGGAUCGAGUAGUGGGGCAUCUCAGAGUGCACACGGCAAACGUCGCUCAAGGGACAGGCGCAGUUUGACUACGGGUGAGGAGUACUGGGCCCAGUGGAUUCCGGAGACGGGUAGCACGGUGCAGCAAUUCCGAUCGGAUCCCGUUGGGUCGGAAUUCUCCAUAGGGCCUGUUGAGCUGGGCGAGAGCUCUCCAGGUCCGUCCAGUCGGCCACAGACACCCCAACGCCCGUCUACUAGUCCCCCCGCUACGGAAAGGCGUUCCGCACAGAGUGCAUAUAGCUUCCCUGCCGACCACGGGACGAGAUAUCCGUACCCGUUAGUGGCCAGCUCGGAACAUUUUGGUGCCCCAGGGCCGUCCAAAGGAUCUGAAAGCUCCUAUAGGCGAUCCGCUCACGCUGGAUCCAGCAUGUCGGCCGUGAUGGAACGGCCAGCGAUGCAAUCACGAGCAUUAUACCCGGAGCCGACUACACCUCUCACCCGGCCCGGUCCGUCUCCUCCGGUUUCUGGCCCAUCCCGCAGGAAUGCAUAUGCUGUGCCGCCCGUUUCUACUUCCGAUCUGCUUCUUGGCCAGUAUUCCACCCAUUCCGUCCAGGGACUACCACCACUUCCGAAUAGUCCGAUGGCACAAGGAACGCAUUCGCUUCAUUCCAGCCAUAGUUCGAGGAGCGACUUGAAGUCACAACACAACUUCUCAUAUCCUCUAGACAGGAACCACUCCAGUCAGUCUGACCACCACGAUAUGUCCAGAACUACCCCGGAAGCCAUGAAAGAUCCUCGGCCCUCUACAGCUACCAGUCAGAUGGGCGUGGAUGGUCAGAUUGAUCGAUCCAGGUAUCGGGUGAACAGGAGUAAGAGCAGCUCAACCGACUACUCCACCGAAGCCUUUCGAAGACUACAUGGCGGUGUGAUACCGAAUAUAGACUUGGGAUCCGGUGGACGUGCGCGUCCUCCUCUCACCAGCCGCACAUCAUCACAUUAUUCCAAGUUACCAGACCCAACCAUUCCUCCGAUUCCGAAUACAACGCGGCGGGCCAGCUACAGUAGUGUCACGGGGAUCAGUCCGGUUGCCGAGAGAUACAUCACCGCUUUCUCGAAUUCCUCUUCCGAACCGUCGUCCAUCUCGAGGGGGAUCUCGAACACCCGUCCGUUAACCAUCGAUACACAUUUCACCCAAGCUGAUGGUGCUCUGAGCUCACCAAGAGGCCCCGGAAGCGUGCCAGAGUCACCUAUAGCCGCACAUCAGUUUAUAGAGGGUACAUUCUUUCCCAAUACCCCUGCAGAGCGAAAACGGGUGGACGAUUUCGGUUUCCUGAACACGAUCGAAGCGUCGGAGCGACCAUACACUCCCGACCAGUUUGCGUUCGAUGCGGGAAUGCUCAAUAUUGAUCCGACUACUACUCGCCACUCCAGCCAAAAGAGUAAGAGAAGCAUGGCAAGUUUCGGGACGCAAUCGAAGCGAUCUACUGGACAGGCAUCGAUGCCGGCAAAUCAGAACCCGACGGGAUCGAUUGGCAGAAAUGUACUGCGGAAGAGGCGCCCAAGCUUGAAACCCCACCGUGCGAAUAGCCUAGAAAUAGGGCCCGUUGCGGGUGCAGACUCGCGGCCGUCGACCAUGGAAAACAGGUGUUUUCUUACGGGAAGCUUGAGAAGCCGCCCGUUGGAUGUUGACUACUCCCUUGUUAUGCCGCAUACCGCGACCACGUCCGCCGGCCCCUCUAGAGGACUUAUAAUCGAUGGUUACAACACUGUGCCGGGAAACAUUGGGACACCUCGCAGGUCAAGUAGAGGUUCCGUCUUCAGCGUUCUCAAUGGCAAGGGCAAUCCGAUCUCCGACGGAGAGCCCAGGGAUGGCAAAGCAUCGGUUAGUAAAACAUCGGUUAGUAAAGCAUCGGUUGGUAAAGCAUCGGUGGGCAGUCUACUGGAUGGGUUUGAGUCUUCCAACCCGGUGGGCAGCAGCAGCAAGGGACGACCCAAACGUCGAAACACAUUUUCGCACGUGCUGGGCACCAAGUGUACCGCAAGCUCCCCGAACCUCGAGUCAGCGAGCUUCCCCGAACUAGCAAACGUGACUCCCUCGCCUACCGAUGCGGCGUCAUCCAAGUCUACAUACACGGCCAGCCGCGGCCGCCGCCACCUAUCCUUCCUCUACAGCAAGGGCAAGCAAGUGCUCCGCGACGUCUGGCACGAAGGCUGGACCGCAGCCCUGGAGGACUUCAGAAACCGCCGGGCAGCGGAGAAGACGCAGCGGUACGGCGUUGCGGGGAAAACGCGGCCGGCCUUCAUGAGUGGAGCGCUGCCGGCGGGUUCCACGAGGACCUCGAGGAUCGGCAGGAAGCUCGGUGAUUGGUCCAGGUUCAAGAGGCGCAGUAAGUCGGCGUCGAGUCAUGGCACAACAGAUGGGCAGGGUGCGCAGGAUGGGCACGGUGGGCAGCGCGGAUUCCAGGGCGGAUUCCAGGGCGGACACGUCGGGGAGUAUUCUGAAGCUUUCGAAAUGGAGGCUGCUGCGGUUGCUACUGCCACUGCUACUGACACUGCUACGGCCACUGUUACUGUUACUGCUGUCGAAGCGAGUCCGAGUCCGGCGAGCACGAAUAAGAAGUCGGCGUUCACGGAGGUGUUUGAGAGGACGCGCACGAUCAGUGCGGAGCUGCGCAGGGAGAGGGAUGGCGUGCUGAAGAAGCUGAAGGAGUGCGCGGGAUCUGCGGCAGAUUAG